AUGGUUUCACAUUAUGCUUUAUCUUCGGCCACAUUGCCAACACACAUGCUGAUCCUUCUCAUACGAUAUAUAUGUGCAGCACGGUACAUCGUAAUGUUAAAAGACAAUCCCAAGCGGUACAACUAUAAUAUCCUAAGUAACAGUGUAUUCAAUGCAUUGGGAAUGGGCGACACAGUGGUAAACACGCUCAGUAACGGGUUUAUUGGCGAUUUGAAGGAAGAAAGUGCGAAUAAAUUGAGAAAUGAUGAGAAGGUGGCUUAUGUAGAGCGGGACAUGAAGGUGCAAAUUAAAGAAUUCAUCGUUAAAGGAGAGUUUGUGUUGGGUGCUGAUGCUAGCAGUGCCCAACACGAUAGCUGGGAUGAUGAGCUGAGCGAUAGACUGAGUGUUGACCGUGGUGAUGAAGGAGAAAGGCGUAACAAGAAACAUAAGAGUGAUAGGAGCGACGGCUCGUAUGGAAAGACAAAUAAUACCCGUGAAGCACUCAUCGGUGCAAACCGUAUGCUCAAGAACAGGGACCACAGGUUUAGCCAAGUUCAGAACGCAUCAAAAUAUAAAAAUCAUAAGCUCGAUGAUCUGAGGAAAAAUAAUGUGAUCGGGAAUGCCGAUAAAGGCAGUGGAAGUACAUCACGCAUUCGUACACAAUCUCAUGCACAUGCCGUUCUUGAAUACCAGAAUGAUGCACCGUGGGGAAUAUCCCGCAUCAGUUCGGGCACCAAGGUAAACACCAUGCACACGUUCCGUUAUCCCUACUCAUCGGGAAAAAAUACGCAGGUGUACGUAAUAGACACCGGUGUGGAGCUUUCUCAUCCCGAAUUACAAGGCAGGGCAUUCUUUGGCGCAAACUUCACGACUAGUAGUAGUGAUGCAGAUCUGAACGGGCAUGGUACACACGUUUCGGGCGUAAUAGCAGGUAAAACAGUGGGUAUUGCAAGGAAAGCAGAGAUUGUGGCGGUAAAAGUGUUAGAUAAAAUGGGAAGUGGCAUGCUGAGCAGCGUGAUAAUGGGCAUCGACUAUGUCAUACGCAAGCAUUCAGAAAAGAUGGAGCGAUAUGAAGAGAAUAAAAGAAACGAGUACUAUAAGAGAGUGCUGGAUGGCAGAUAUGAUAGUGGUCAGGAUAUGAACGACAACUCAUGGUCUGACUGGCGUGAAAAAGGCAUUCCUCACAGACGUAUUGGCGGAUCUAUCAUGUCUACGAGCGCAUUCAAUCCUUUAUGGCACGUAUCAAGCAUCAUCAACACGGUUCGCUCGUUUUUAAGUGUGGUUAACCACGACCUUGGAACUGAAAAUGAUCCGCUUGGCCAAUUAAAACUGACGGGCCUUACUGAUCCUUUCCGUAUUUCCAGUUUCAAUCCUCUGCUCUCAAUCACAGGGAAUUCCAGCUACGCAACUAAUUCCCUAGGUACCGCAUCGAGCGACCACAAGCCAAAAUCGAUCGUGAACAUGAGUGUAGGUGGUCUAAAAUCUAAGGUAUUGGACUAUGCUGUAAAAUAUGCCACAGAUAUCGGCAUACAUUUCUCGGCUGCGGCUGGCAACGAUCAUGAAGAUGCCUGUGAAUUCUCACCAUCAUCAUCGAAAUUAGCAAUGACUGCCGGCGCAUCAACAGCAUCAGACACGGUCGCCUUUUUCUCCAAUUACGGCCAAUGCGUAGAUUUGUACGCACCGGGUGUCGAUAUCAAGAGUUCUUGGAUCAAUGGAGAGUAUAAAGUAGUUUCUGGCACUAGCAUGGCGGCACCGCAUGUUACGGGUGCUAUGGCGUUGUACUUGGGAGAAAAGGACUACACACCUGCUGAACUCAUUAAUAUGCUCAAAAAUGAUGCGUACAAGGUGGUACAUGAACCCGGAAAAAAUACCGAUGAUAACUAUCCUCUGAUCUCAAUUAGGAAGUUAAUACGUGAGAUUUAUGAUAAUAGUAAGAAAAUGGAUAAAUAAAAGAGUUAUAGUGUUAUAUGUGUUGGAUGACGG